GUCUCGAAGCUCCGUGUACUUUAAAUAUAGCAACCAAGCUUCAAUUGUUCUCCCCCUCUCCCUUCACAGGCAUAGCCACUCUUCCUUGUUUUUCCUUUGUGUUGAUAGCAGCGAGUCAUGUCGGGUUAUUAUUAUUACGCUGGUCAGGCGGAUCAGUACGAGGCGCACUAUCUCGAUGCCUGCUCUCUUUGUCGCAAAUCGCUUCGCGAUUCCGAUAUUUUCAUGUACAGAGGGAAUACGCCGUUUUGCAGCAAAGAGUGUAGACAAGAACAGAUGGAGAUGGAUGAAGCAAGAGAAAAGAACUGGAAAUCGGGUAGAUCUCUUAGAAAAUCAGAUGCCCAGAACUCCACUCCUAACAAAGCUGUACGGACCGGCACGGUUGCUGUGGCCUAAUCCCAUCAUCUUGCUUUUUUUAGCAGACUGAUGUAUCAAUUUUGAGUUAGACAAAAAGAAGAAGAAAACUUCGACGGAAUUUUGUAUUUUCAGUUUUACUUUUUCUUUUUCUGGGGUUGAUGGUUGAGGCCUGGAUGUUUAUAAAGGAGAUGGGUUAUCGGAUUGUGCAGUUUAAUGGAAAAAAAAAAUGGGUGUUAAAAGAUUUA